AACGCGCAUGAUUAUUUACAGUAUGAUUCAGUUGUGUUUUUAAACUCUCACUGUUCGAACAUUAGCGAUUAAUAGUAUGUUUAAAGGAUUCAGAACCAAGGACAUAAUACGUGACUACUGGCAGUCUAAAUUGCUGGACAAUUAUCCAAAUCAUUUCUGGGAAGUUAAUAACAAAUUUUUUGUAAAUAAUUCAUAAGGAGAAAGUCAAUUUUAAUAAUUAUUAUAAGAAGUAUAUAUAAAUAGUUUAUUGUCCAUUUUAUGGACACUUGUAGAUAGUGUAAAUAUUGAAAAAUUAUUUUUAUAAAAAUCAAUUAAACAUAAUAAAAUGAAGAUGGAAGUACAAAAUGAUAUUUCACUUGGAAAAAAACUACUAACUGCUGGAACAGCUGCUUGUAUUGCUGAUCUAGCAACAUUUCCACUGGACACAGCUAAAGUUAGAAUGCAGAUUGCUGGUGAAGGUCUUGUUGUUCUUGCAUCUGUUGGUGGACCACAGUUGUCUUUUAAAACACCUCAACCAGGAUUAUUUCAAACAAUAACAAAUAUUGUUAGACUUGAAGGAGCAAAAAGUCUUUAUGGUGGUCUAUCAGCUGGACUACAAAGACAAAUGUGUUUUGCAAGUGUUCGUAUUGGUCUUUAUGAUACUGUUAAAGUUUUUUAUACAGAUAUAGUUGAGGGUAAAAAAAAAAGUCUAAGUGGUGCUAUGAAUUUUGGUGUUUGUAUUGCUGCUGGUAUAACAACUGGUGCAUUAGCUGUUGUAUUUGCUCAACCAACAGAUGUUGUUAAAGUACGUUUACAAGCUGGUAAUUUAGGUAAAAAUUCAACAAGAUAUCAUUCAACAUUUGAUGCAUAUAAAUCAAUUGCUAUGAAAGAAGGUGUAAGUGGUUUAUGGAAAGGAACAGCACCAAAUAUAUCAAGAAAUGCAAUUGUUAAUGUAUCAGAAAUUGUUUGUUAUGAUAUGGUUAAACAAAGUAUAUUAAAUACUGGUUUAUUAAAUGAUGGUAUACCAUGUCAUUUUAGUGCAGCACUUGGUGCUGGUCUUUGUACAACAAUUGUUGCUAGUCCAGUUGAUGUUGUUAAAACAAGAUUUAUGAAUAGUGGACCUGGUGAGUACAAAGGUGCAAUUGAUGUUGCUGAAAAAAUGUUAUUUCAAGAAGGAUUUAUGUCAUUUUAUAAAGGUUUUAUACCAAGUUUUUCAAGAUUAGUUUCAUGGAAUAUUGUACUUUGGUUGACAUAUGAACAACUUAAAAUACUUGUACAAACUAAAACUGUAUCAACCAAUAGAUAUUAAUUUUAAUAAUCUAUUUGUUUCUUUUUUUUAAUAAAAAAAAUUUCUUAGUUAUCACAAUUUGUGUAGAUAAUGCUUUGAAAUAAUUUAAAUGAAAAAUAAAUAAUAUAAAUUAUCAUUUGAUGAGAAAAUUUAAUUAAUCACUACAGCUUGAAUCAUCAGAAUCACAAUUGGAUGAUAAAUCUUCAUUUAAACAAUUUUCUUCUUUUUCAAUUUUCUCAUUUACAGGAAUUCUAAAAAAAAAAGAAAAACAUUAAAAUAAACUUGAAUGAGAUUAUAUUUAAUUUUUAUUUUAGUUCAAGAUUUAAAUCAUCAUGAGGUAAUUAGUAAAGCAAGAAAUUGUUAACGAGUUACUUUAGAUUAAAACACAUGCAAAUUAAAUAAAUUAUUUAAAAGAUAAAAUAAAUGUGAUUUAAUCAUGAGUAUUCUCGCCUAUGAUAUGUUGCCCAGCAUGUUUAUCCUGAAGGCAUUUAGGUAGUUUACAUUUCCUCAUGAUGCAGUUCAUUGGACAGCAUGAUUUAACAGUCGAUCUACAUUUAUCCAAUGAAUGUGAACAAUAAAUAAUAAUAUGUAAAAAUAAUAAAUAUAUAUUAAACAUACUUGUCGUAUGUCCAUUGAUCAUUGGACUCUUUCAUCAAUCCAAUUGCCAGCAUCAAAUCUCUUCCAACAUUUUUAAGAUGUAUUGUAUCAAAAUGCAAACCAGCUAAUGAUCCCUGAUCGCAACCACAGAAGCUGCUUUCCAUUGUAUAACUUCUGUUAACAAUACAAAAAAAAAAUAUCAAUAAGAUAACAAAAAAAAAUAAAGAGCUACAUGUGAUAUUAUAAUAUAUUUUAAAAAAUAGAUUAUAAACAUGCACAUAUAGAUAGAAAAAAAUUUUUUUUUUAAGCCAGUUAUCUCUUCUGUGUCUGUGUAAAUGUGUAUGGUAUUUGUGGCUUGCUAUGGAGAUGAAAAAUAUCAAGGCUUACCUCGCAACACCAAGGCGCCAUAUGGCGACCCUGGCCGUAGACUCACGGCUGCGAUUUUCGACCUUGAAGGAACACAGUGGGAAUGAAAAAGCAGCCGAUGUUUUCUGCAUGAGUCUCGGCAGCAUCUAAAGAUUCAAAUAAAAAAUAUAUAUAAAUAAAUCUAAUAAAAAAAAAACAACAAUAAACAGUAAUAACAACAACAAUAAUCAUGAUUUUAAAAAAUGAUGAAGAUGAUGAAGAAGAUGAUGAUUAUGAAGAAAAAAAAUAAAAUCUAUACAGCCUGAUGAAACAAGAAUUCUAUUUUUAAAAUAAAGAGAUGAGUAUAAUAUAUAAAUAAAUUAAAUAAAUAAAUAUAAAUUUUUUAUUAAAAAUAAAAAUAUGAAAUUAGGUAUUGAUUUGUUGUUAUUGGUUUGGUGUAAAUACAUACUAGAUAUUGAACUGGUUGAUCAUUUUUAGCUCUAUCAACUGAACUCCAUGAUGCUGAUUUUGAACAACCAAAUAAAAAUACAUUUUUUCUUCUUGAAUGUCCAUGAUAAUCAACAAAUAUAAAUGGUGGAUUAUUUAAUACACUUGUACAAUAUUCAAUGAGUCCUUUUGUGUUGAAUAUUACUGGAUGAAUUAAACGAUUGGGAUUACUCCAACGACGAUUAAGAUCCUCGUUUGUAAGAGAUGUGAUGUCAAUGACACCAAGGUAGAGAGAAGCCUUGACCGCGAACUUUGACUCACACACUGUACAAAGAAGCCAUGAGCCAGGUUGUCGUUUUUUUUUUUUGUUCCUUCAGGCUCUCUUUACCGAAGAAGGAUACCUUCUUUACACUCAAGAAUAAAAUGUAAAUAUAAAAAAAAAAAAAUCAGACAGACACCUAAGCAACGUGAGAUCUUGAAAAUUUAUAAUUGUUUGAUAGAAAAAUAUAUUCAAUUAUAAAAUUCAUUGGACGUGAACAUUCAGUGAAACUCAUUUUGACUCUUGGCUCUACUCUUGAACGAUCCGGCUCAUUAGACUGGAGAGAAAUAUACACACAUUCAGGGGUCAACCAACACACUCCUCCUUCUCCUCCUCUUUUUUUUGUUUAAAUAAAAAAAAUUUAAUCUAGAAAUAUAAACUCGCUAAUAAUAAUAAUGAUGAUGAUAAAAAAAAAAAACAAUUUCAAGAUGUUAAAAAAAAUAGUUAAAGAAAUAAAAAAAAGGUUAAAAUAGUUGAAAGAAAUAAAUAUAUAUAUAAAUAAUAAUGAUAAAAAUAAAUAAAAAAAAAAAAAAUUUGUAUGCUUCAGGGCAUGGAAGGUGAGUUGCGUGCUGUCCUGAGGAGAGGAACUCUUAAAUUACGACGUGCAACGUCACGAUGUGAUUUCUCACAAGUUCCAUAAUCCUCUCAACGAAACAACGAGAUAAGAGAGAAUAAAAAAAAAAAAUAACAAGAGAGUGCAAAUAAAAAUUGUAAUCUUUAAAAAAUAAGAUUAAAAAAAAUGGGAAAUUAAAAGAACAUAUUGAAUUAAAUAAAUUUCGUGGUUCAAAAGAGGGUAAAAGGGUUGAAAAAAUAUAUAAAAAGGCAGGUUCAUUAGUGAUGAAGAAAUACAACGUGCUUGGUUAUUCUAUUCAUGAGUACAUUCUUGGAAUAACAAAGAACACCGCAAAAAAAAAAAACUAUAAAAACGAAACACAAAUUGUUCUUUUUUUGUGAUCGUAAAGAACCACCUUUAGCAACCUUCACUAUUUUAUUUUAUGCUGAUUUUUUUGUCUUAUUUUAUUCAAAGAUUUCCAAAUAAUAGUAAUCUUUAAAUUGUAUAAUAUUACUCCAAUUUUAUUUAGUUAAAUUUUCAGAAAAAUAAUGAAUUUUUUAUCUAAAUAAUUUCUAUCAAUUUUUUUAAAAAUAUACCUAUGUAAAAAAAAAUAUAAUAAGGAUAAAAAAAUUAAUUAAAAAUACGAAAUAUAAACUAUAAACGAAAGGAGAGACCCCAACUCAAACGACCCAUGGGUUUUAGAAUCUAGAUGAUUUUUAAUAAUAUUUUUUAGCAAACUAAAAAAAAAAAAAAUAGAAAAACUU